AUGACUAAAACGGGAGCCUUCGUAGACUUCCGCAUUUUCACCAUGCCCAGAAAACCAAGUCGAGAAAGACAUAAUGAAAGGAAUCAUGAGGUCAAGCAAAAUGACAGACUCAAAUCAAUUCAAGGCAGAAACAGGAAGCUUCUUUGCUUCAUCGAAGGUCUUGCCAUGGGUCGAAACCAUCAGGAGUCGUCGUUUUCCUUGGUGGACAAAGACACACGGGGUAUUUCAGUAAUUCUACCUAUAAAAUAA